UGAGUACAUUGCACUUGGCAACGAAAAUACUUCCGUAUCUUUGAUGCCGAUCGUGAAUAUACGAUCACUUUCAUAUAAUCGAUCACCAUAAACUACACUCUGUAUUAAAAAUAAAACUGGCGAACAUAUCGUAACAUUGGCAUUAGUCUAUCGGCAGGCGUCCAAGAGUUUCCUUCGGUGUGGUUUGAGCAUUGUGAAAUUUCAAGUGGAAGUAGACCUUAUAAAUAGUAGUAAUGGACUCUCAACAAGAACCUAAUGUUAAUGAGUUGUUGUCUGUGGAAUUUGAAGUUUAUGGCCAAGUGCAAGGAUGCUACUUUACGAAGUACUGCAAAGAGCUGGCAGAGCAGCUCGGCCUCGGCGGCUGGGUGAAGAAUUCCAAAAAGGGUACCAUUGUCGGCAAAAUUCAGGGCAAUAAAGCAGCCAUGGAUCACAUGAUCGACUGGCUGAGUACAACGGGCUCUCCUGGAUGUAAGAUCGAGAAGUGUGAUCUGCUCAAAGUGGAGCACUUACUGCGAUCAGAUUACACUGACUUUAGCAUACGGUUUUAAUCCAUUUGUUAUACUUUGUAGCUUUAAGAUGCUUUUAUGGCCUUAUUCAUAAACUCGGUGGACACAUUGCAAUGUAAAAUUUUAACAAAAUGCUUGUUUCUUUUUUUUUUUUGAGUGAUGAUAAUUUUAGUUUGUAGUCAGUGACAUACCUACCUGCCGUUUUCUAAAUAACUUUUAUGUACAGGUAGGUAGUCUUGUUAAUUUAACAAUAUCAAUCUUGAAAAUUCUUCUAAUGUUAAGAUGUACAUCACUUUACUGAUUAACUUACGUUAUUUUUACAUCUUAAAUAUGUUUUAAUGGAGCACUCG